AUGAAACCUGGAAAAAUCCACCCCAUUAUAACAGAGCCUGCUCUUUGGUCGAAAUAUACCAAAACAGAUAACAAUUCACAUUCAACAAAUGAUACUAAUUUUGACAAAGAUAGUUCUCCAAGUCACUCACCCUCAUCUCUGUGUGAGGAAAAUAUGAAAGAAUUUCCAAUGCCUAUUAAGCAGCAACAUUAUCAAAAAAAUCAGUUGCAACAGUUUGGGUUUCUUCUUGGAGGAACGCCAACACCACUCAACACACCAACAGAAAAUUUAGCCUUUGAUGGAAGUCUGUAUAUAACAGCUAACGAACCAUCUUUAUCCUUGUCCUCAUCAUUGAAAAAAAGAAGAGCCACGGAGCCUGCAAUUUUGGAACAAAAGAGGUUCAAGUCAAAUUCUGUGGCUGGUGAAAAUUUUAUGAAUCUUUCAGAGGUAUCAUCUACAGAUCUUAAUAAUAGACAAUUUCUUACCGAGUCUCAAAAAGAAUCUAUGGAUCACAAUGAGCUAUCUCUGAGAAAAAUACUUGAGAGGAAAAUGGAUCUUUUUUGGGAUCGUUUUGAGACCUGUCACACAAGGGUAUCUCGUUUGGAGGAAUUGAUAACAUUGAUGGAAGAAAUGAUGCAAACAUUUUUGCAAAAGGAAAAAAUGCGAAUUGGAGAUAGACAGGACCAAGAAUUGGAAGUUGCUGAAGAAAAUUCAGAAACAAUUGAUUCAAUUCAGGAAAAGAUUGAAUUUCAAAAAUUGGCAGAAAAAGCAAAUUUACUUAAAAAGACAUUUUCUAAGGCCUUCGACGAUAUAGCCAUUUUGCUUGAAGGUCCCAAAUGA